CAGAAGUGAGGACCCAGAGGCCUUGUGCUGCAGAUCCCUUUCCACCUGCCCUGUGGUUCCCAGACGGAGCCUCAUCCUCUCCAAAGAUGGCCUGGAGGCAGCUGCUCCUUGUCGCCUGUUUCUCGGCCGCUGUGCUCCUGUGCAUGCUGCAGGAGGGGACCAGCGCAUCAGUGGGCACCGGGCAGGGGGCCGGACAAGAGGCCCAGGACGGUGAGUGCAGGGGCCACCCAGGGGUGCAGGGCGGGUGGGCCAGCCCCUGCGGUUGCCCUGGUGAGCCCGUGCGGGUUGUGACUGGCCUCCUUCGGGUUCCAGGUGUGGAAAAGAAGAUUUUCAUACAGGAAUCGGAUGCCUCAAAUUUCCUUAAGAAGCGUGGCAAACGGUCCCCCAAAUCCCGAGAUGAGGUCAACGCGGAGAACAGGCAGAAGCUGCGGGCUGACGAGCUACGAAGAGAAUAUCACGAGGAACAACGGAACGAGUUUGAGAACUUUGUGGAGGAGCAAAAUGAUGAACAAGAAGAGAGAAACCGGGAGGCUAUUGAGCAGUGGCGCCAGUGGCAUUAUGAUGGCCUGUACCCAUCAUAUCUCUAUAACCGCCACCACAUCUGACCUCAUCCUGAUGAAUCUAGAAGAUGGAGCUUGAAAUGCACAUACUCACCCAGGUGUUCUACCCCAGGUGUCGAGCAACUCUCUCCCACACAAAAAGGCCCCUUCAAAGGGUCUCAGUUUGGGGCCUGCUGUGGUAAACACAGAAGGCCUUUCGUUCCCAUGGAUUAAAAUGCCCUGGCUUUCGCUUCUUUGCAAAUGAAUUCUGAGGUGAGCGAAUGCCUGUGGGGCAGCCUAGCACCAAACCUACAGUUGCCCCUUGCUUAGCCAUUGUUCCCAAAGUAGGCGUCCCAUUCCACAGAACAAUAAAAAGAAUCACAGUAAAGAGAGAUUACACAUUUGCU